AGGAGGAAGAGGAAGAGGAAGAGGAGGACACGCGCCUCGUUCCCCCGUGUGGCGGUGACUUCAUGUGGAGGAGAGAGACCGAGGAGAGCAGCGAGCUCGUCUUCUCCUGAGACGGAUCUUUCGUUGUGAAUUACUGUCUCCCGACAACAUGUGUGCCCCGUGCUGCGUCUCGCAGCUGGCCUGCUGCUGCGGCUCAGCGGCCUGCUCCUGCUGCUGCAACUGCUGCCCCAAGAUAAAGCAAUCCAAGGGGACCCGGUUCAUGUACGCCUUUUACUUCCUGUUGGUCACCAUCAUCUGUGUCAUCAUGAUGUCCCCCACUGUGGAGCAGGAGAUGAGAGACCAUAUCCCAUUCUACAGUGAAUUGUGCGAGAAGAUAAAUGCAGGGGAAAACUGCAAAACUCUGGUGGGCUACUCCGCCGUCUACAAGGUGUGCUUCGGCAUGGCCUGCUUCUUCUUGUUCUUCGCUAUCUUCACCAUACGAGUCAACAACAGCACCGGCUGCAGGGCGGCCGUCCACAAUGGGUUCUGGUUGCUGAAGUUUAUUGUGCUGGUGGCAUGCUGUGCUGGAGGUUUCUUCCUCCCACAAGAGGAAACCUUUCUGGAAGUGUGGCGCUACGUGGGAGCCGGUGGCGGCUUCUUUUUCCUGCUGAUCCAGCUCAUGCUGUUGGUGGAGUUUGCACAUCGAUGGAACACAAACUGGAGUUCAGGAGUAAAAUAUAACCGUCUGUGGUACGCCGCUCUGGCCUUGGUGACUCUGUUGCUGUUCAGUUUUGCAGUCGGAGCCAUGGUCUUCAUGGGUCUGUUCUACACCCACUCCGAGGCCUGUUUGCUUAACAAAAUCUUCCUGGGCAUCAAUGGUAGCCUCUGCCUCAUCGUCUCCCUGCUGGCCAUCUCUCCGUUCAUACAGAAACUGCAGCCCACAUCAGGCCUGUUGCAGCCAGGAGUCAUCAGUUUGUACGUCAUGUACCUCACUUUCUCAGCAUUCUCCAGCAAACCAAAAGAAAUACUGGAGAGAGAUGGUGUGAACACAACAGUGUGUGUGUUUCCCCUGAACUCGGGGACGGAGAGCGACAAGAAGAUUGUUACUGCUGUGGGAACCGUUAUCCUGUUUGGAUGUGUCCUUUACUCUUGCUUGACGUCCACCACCAGGCGAAGCUCGGCAGCGCUCAGGGUGUGUAGGACUGGUGAACCAGAGACUGAGAGAGCUCGUUGUUGUUUCUGUUUUGGAGAUGAUACAGACGACUACGAUGAGGAGAAGACUGGUGGAGGCCAGAAUGUGGUGUAUGAUGAGAGAGAGGCAACCGUCUACGGCUACGCCUACUUCCACUUUGUCUUCUUCCUGGGUUCCCUCUACGUAAUGAUGACCGUUACCAACUGGUUUCAUUAUGAUAACCAUAAGAUCGAGAAGCUGUUGGACGGGAGCUGGUCAGUGUUCUGGAUCAAGAUGGUCUCCUGCUGGGUCUGUCUCUUCCUCUACAUGUGGACCCUGUUUGCUCCUAUGAUCUGCCCGAAGCGUUUUGAGGCCUAGGAUGCACACCACUACCAGAGGAUCAGGCCACUCUGAUUCUCGGGAUAUGGGCAGGCAGAAGCCCCCACGCUGAGCCAAGGGACCACCACAAUUCCCCCUUUUCAUUGAAACACAACCCCACACUACCCUCAGCGUUUGAAAUGGAGGACUAUCUGUCGCCUUUUGUUUUAUAUUCUAUUGUUUUCUUUUCCAUUUUUUCAUCAAUAUUAAGCUGUUACUACCUUGAUGGUAUUUUCUUUAUUAUUCUUUACUACCAUGCCUCCUGGAGUUGUGUGUUACCUUUAUUACUAGGUUUAAAAUUACAUUAAGAGUCUUAUGAGGUGAAUUACAUUGAGCAACAUGAAAAUCUGAGAAUCAGUACCUCUGUUAAUUUCAGAUUUGAAAAUGUUGUUGUGUGUGUGUGUGUGUAUGUGUAUAAGUUUUCCUUGGAUUUUUGAAUUCACUCUAAGCCAAGCAUUUCAGUUCUGUACAGUUGGACCAUAAAGUUGUAGCAAAGUUUUGGGACAAAUUUAUCUCAAGUUAGGAGAUGUUACAUGAGAAACUGUAUUUAUUCAAGUGUCUUCAGUAAUCAAAGAAGGAUUGUGGUGUAAAUUUAAUUAGAUUAUGCCCUAACUCUGUUUAAAAUCUCAUCUCUCAGGCUCACAUAUAAGCUGUGUUAUGUUUAUGCUUUUUUAUAUUGCCCCCUUUUGUAGAAGUUUUCUAUGCAACCGAACAAGCUCUUUUCAAUAUUAGACAUGCAGUGUUGUGAAGUUUCCGAUUAGAUCAUGAGGAUAAAUGUUUCAGAUUUUAUUAUCAGUGCUCCCUUUGAGCCAAAUCUUUUCUUAGGAAAAUCCAUGUCGUGUGUACAACAUCUAGUCAUCAGCAUUGUUGUACAGGGCAGUGCUCUUCAAAUCAACCUGCCUUAUGUGAGAGAGACAUUAGUGCAGUGCCGCCUCUCUGGAAGAGCUGCAGUGACAGGGAUCAUGAAUAUUUGCCAAAGGUAGAUGUCAGAACACCACAAACUACUGUCAUAUUGUUUGGUCUGUUACAGAGAAAUAUAUACGCAAGAACAUUAUGUAUUUGCAUGCACAUGCAGACACCUCAGCUGUUUAGAUGGGUUUUUUUGUACAGUCAUAAAGGCCUUUGCCUUGUUUGUUACAUACAGUAUGUCAGUUCAUAACGAUUCGUCAUAAGGUUGCAUGAGUGGUUUUAUUGGUGCACGAUUCAACACUGGAUGUUGAGUUUACUGCCAAAUUAAAAUUCAAACAAAGACAGUCACUCGUUUAUUACCUGUAACAUUUUUUUUAUGUUGUACAAAAAUACAACAUAUUGCACAUUAUUAUCUGCAAGUCCUUUUCUGUUCCUCACUCAUCAAGAAUAAAGCGGUAAGUUCUGUUGUCUAAUUGUAACCCUAACAUGUUUUAUAAUAACUUGUAUGUUCAUUUGGCUAAAGAUCUGUGGAAAUCUCUAUUUGAACUACGCUGUCAUGUGAUUUACCUUUUUGAAUAUGUUUCUGCAUUUGAGUUAGCGGUAUGGAUGUCGAAAUUAAAUGGUGCUCACGGCAGGUUUGAUAUCAAACAACUCAAAUUCAAAUCAGACAACCAUCAAAAACUCUUUCUGACCAAAUUGUAUGUUUAAAAUACAGAGAUGCGAGUGUCGUGCUGUUCAAAAUGUUCACACUUUCAAUAAACUAUCAAUUGAAUGCCA